UGCCACGCGUCUACUUUACAAAAUUAUUUUGUAAUUAAGCUUAGUUUGGUUAAUUGUCCCAAAAAUCAGCUCGAAGGGUGUAAAAUUGUGACACCAUCCUUUGAUUCUUUCCUUCACAUUGUUUUCGCAUGAUCCAAGUACAAAGUAAUGUCAACGGCCAAGUCACUCCUCCUUGUUCUUCAUCAUCAUCGUCUUCUUCCUUCAAAUGCUAAAUCGCCUUCUUCGCGCCUUUUUGAAAAGAGAAACCCUAAUCUCUACCAAAAACUUCGUUCUCUUAAUCAAAACCAAAAUCUUUCUUCUCAUCCCUUCUCCAAUCAUGGCUUCUCAAAAAUCCCCUGAAUUACCCAUUUCAGACCCACCAAAAUUUGACCCAUCACAACCAUCAAAUCCAAUUUCAUACCCAAUCAAAACCCUCCAAGAGCUCGAAUCAAGAUCAUAUUUUGAUUCAUUUCACUACCCUUUUAAUAAAUCUACAACCCCUUUAAAUGGGGAUUUGAAUUUGCCCCAAAAACCUAGGCUUUUGGUUUGCCAUGAUAUGGCUGGUGGGUACUUGGAUGAUGAUAAGUGGGUCCAAGGUGGGACUAAUUCUGAUGCUUAUGCUAUUUGGCAUUGGUAUUUGAUGGAUGUUUUUGUUUAUUUUUCUCAUAAUUUGGUUACCCUUCCUCCUCCUUCUUGGGUUAAUGCUGCUCACAAGCAUGGAGUUAAGGUGUUGGGGACCUUUUUGACAGAAUGGGAUGAGGGUAGGAUCAUAAGUGAUCAACUGCUAUCCAGUAUCGAGUAUGCUCGAAUGUGUGCUGAACGAUUGGCCGAGCUUGCUAUUGCUCUUGGAUUUGAUGGCUGGCUGAUCAAUAUGGAGGUCAAAAUAAAUCCUUCUGAGGUAGCAAAUUUGAAGGCAUUUGUCAACCAUCUGACAGAUUUGAUGCAUAUGUCAAAGCCUGGAUCUUUGGUGAUAUGGUACGAUAGUGUUACCGUUCAUGGUGACCUUGCUUGGCAAGAUCAGCUGAAUGACAAGAACAAAGCCUUUUUUGAUCUGUGUGAUGGCAUUUUUGUAAACUACACAUGGAAGAAAGGCUUCCCAAAGCUCUCUGCUGAUAUUGCUGGUGAUAGAAAGUUUGAUGUUUAUAUGGGAAUAGAUGUAUUUGGAAGGAACACUUUUGGUGGAGGGGAGUGGACUACAAACCUUGCUCUAGAUGUCAUAAGGAAGGAUGAUGUAUCAGCUGCAAUAUUUGCACCUGGAUGGGUCUAUGAGAAAAAGCUACCUCCAGAUUUUCAGACUGCUCAAAACCGUUGGUGGGAUCUUAUUGAAAAAUCCUGGGAAGUGAGGCAGAGUUAUCCAACGACAAUCCCAUUUUACUCAGAUUUUGAUCAGGGUCGUGGUCACCAUUUUUCUCUUGAUGGGAGGGAACUUUCAAAUGCUGAUUGGUGCAACUUAUCAUGCCAAAGCUUUCAGCCUUUGCUAGAAUUUUCUGGAGACCCAGGACCAGAUGCUACUCAAGUUUUUGUCAACCUUGAGGAGGAAUCUUAUAAUGGAGGAGGGAAUGUCACGUUUAAAGGCAUUCUUGGAAGCAUUCCUUAUUUCACAAAAAGGCUAUUUCAAGCAAAACUCCUCCUAGGGGAUCCAGCUGUGGGCUUCACAUAUUCUGUGAAGUCAGAUGGGAACUCUCUGGUGGGCAUUUCUCUGGAAUUUCUUUCCUGUGAGGGCGAGAUUAUAUCAGUGCUACUUGCAUCACAUGGGGAUACUUUACUUACCAUGAACCAGUUCUCUAGCAGGUUCAGCAAAGUAAUCAUGCCUCAUCGAAUUACCAAACCGGAGUCCUCUGAUGGGUGGGUCGUACAAGAGAACAUCAUUGCCAUGCCAGGGUAUACACUAACAGAAAUUCGGGCAGUCUGCUACAAAUUGAGACCUGAAAUGAAUGAGGGACAGACAUCUGAGUAUUAUGCAGUUCUUGGUCAUCUCUUAAUCCAAUAUUCUGGUCAUAAUUUACAAUUCCCACUCUCUUCGUCAUGGAUCAUUGAGGGUCAAGAUGUAUCUUGGAAAGCUGGCUUGGAUGAAUCCAAGUCUGUUUCCCUUACCAUUGUAUGGAGAUCUAAGGUUGGAGAUGGUCUUAAUGAAAUCCUGAAAUACAAUAUUUAUGUCAAGAAAACAUCAGAAGAAGAUGCAAAUCUGGAUGUAAAGCUUCAAGAUGUACAGGAAUUUCUUGGAGUCGCAUUUGUGGAAGCCUUUUAUGUUUCUGAGUUGCUAGUUCCUUCUGGUAUUUCUGCUCUCAAAUUUGUCAUCCAAGUUUGUGGUGUUGAUGGGACUUGUGAACCACUCGAUGAUUCUCCAUUGUUUCAAUUGAAUAUUUAAGGUGUAUCAAUAAUUCUGGAAUUGAGUAGAAAGUGAUUUAUUAAACAGGAUGGAUAUACAAUGAAAAGUGCUUGGAAGAUUGUUGACAGCUCUAUUUAAGCUUCAUUUGCAAAUGUGAAUUGCCUGUUCUUGAUGAUGAUGAUGAAAAAGCAAUAAAAGCCAGUCACAAGUGGAAGAAAAGGUUUUAAUCAUUGUUGGUAGUAGCUACUAGCUUCAUCCUUUUCUCUGGAGACCCCACCAACAUUUCAUGAGUGAUGUGGCCUUCUACAAUUGGUUAUUGUAGAACCCUUUUUUAAGACAUUUGUUGGUAGUAAAUUGUCAAAACUCUAAACUUAUAAUAAUCCCUUUCAUUUGAAAGCAUUACUUUUAGGAUAAUACACUUGAAACACCAAAUUAUAAAUUAUUGUAUAAAAAAUUACUCGCUUUUUUUGGGGUGUAUAACAGUCAAGUGA